AUGAUCUCUGUACUACUUUUCGGGUUUAUUGCGAGUGCUUGCGCAGCUCCACAAUUCCAUGAUGGAUUUCGCAACCGUUUUGGACCUCCACCGUUUUACCCUGAUUACCGCCACUUCCAUCCAGCGAGACAACAAACAGCGCCAGAAGCAAACAACUUAUUUGACACCAACGCAUUUUGGUCUGAAUUCUCCAAGGAAAUUAAGGAACUUGACGAAAUGAUGGCUGAAUUCACCAGGCGCUUUUCAACCAGGAUGUCCCAAGAAGGCGUUGAAGGUAAUGAGUACAGAAUCACGAUAACUCUAUCAGGAUUCGAAGAGAAAGACAUCAUUGUGAAGGCUCGUGAGGGUUUGCUGAUGAUACAAGCUCACCACAAGUAUGAGGAAGGCAGUGAGAGAAACUAUUUGGAUAUUAGACAUCUACCUGCUUCGGUUAACGUGACUGGCACAUGGAGUUUUGAUAAAGGUGUUUUGAAGGUUGUAUUCCCAUUGAAAGAAGGGUCAAACCCACAAACUGUAGAAUCCGUGAAUGUUGUGUCUACGGACUUUACCACAAAAAAACCUACGUUUGACCGAGAAGAGGUGGUCGAGACUCAUGAUGAUGAAACUGUUGGUGUCCAAGAUGCUGAUGUAGGUCUAGUUGAAAAAGAUGAUCGGGAAGUGAUGACGAACGAAAUACCUGACAGUAACGUCGUAGAAGCCACAACGUAUUCAGUUGAUUUGAAGGAUGAAGUGGAAUUCGUACCUGUAAGAUACUAG